AUGGAUCCUGAACAACAAACCCCCGCAAACAAAGAAACAAGGGUGCCGGACAUGGACGCGAAUUCCGAGGUGUCGGCCCUUGAUGAGAAGGCCGAGAAGAAGCUCAUCAGGAAGAUGGAUAUGUACAUUCUCCCUUUUGUGGUCCUUCUCUAUCUCUUCAGCUUUCUAGAUAGAGUCAAUAUUGGAAACGCUCGAUUAUAUGGCAUGGAAGAGGACUUAGGCUUGGUCGGUGAUCAAUAUCAGAUCGCGGUCUCCAUCUUAUUUGUUACCUACUGUUUGUUCGAGGUACCGUCGAAUCUGGUCAUUAAGAAGCUCACACCAUCACGUUAUAUUGCAUCCAUAGCGGUCAUUUGGGGAAUUAUAGCAACUCUUACCGGCAUAACCCAGAACUAUGGCGGACUCAUCGCUUGUCGCCUGCUUCUUGGCGUCGUCGAAGCCGGUCUCUUCCCCGGCCUUAUGACCUACCUGACUCUUUUCUACAGCAAACAUGAAAUCGCGCUGCGGACAGGCUAUCUCUUCAGUAGCGCAGCGCUGGCUGGCGCAUGCGGAGGUCUACUCGCAUACGGUAUUGGCUUCAUGGAUGGAGUUAGCGGGCUGAAGGGCUGGCGUUGGAUUCUGAUUAUCGAAGGCAUUCCAACCGUCCUUAUCGGUGUCGCCACUUGGUUCUUCCUCGCCGACGACCCUGAGACUGCGUAUUAUCUCAAUGCGGAAGAAAGGGCACUGGUCGUUAAGGUCCGCAGUCGGCACUUCGGCCACACGGCGUCCGCGCAAAAGUUCCACUGGGCAGAUGUCAAAGAAGGCGCAAUGGACUGGAGGAUCUACGCCUUUUGCAUCGCACAAUUUGGCAUCGAUACCAUGCUUUACGGAUACAGCACCUUUCUGCCUACCAUUAUCAGGGGACUAGGCGAUUGGUCCACACCCGAAGUACAAGCCCUAACAAUCCCUUGCUACGCACUGGGCGCAAUCGCAUACUUGAUCAUUGCCUGGUUCAGUGAUCGCAUACAGAGACGUGGGGUAUUCACCUGCAUCUUCGCAGCGAUUUCAGUCGUUGGAUACGGUAUACUUAUCUCGGACUCUUCGUCAGGAGUGCAUUACUUUGGCGCCCUGCUUGUCGCCAUGGGGUUGUAUGUGGCCGUAGGUUUACCACUAGCUUGGCUGCCCACCACUCUCCCUCGCUACGCAAAACGCACCUUCGCUACCGGCCUGCAGCUGACGUUCGGCAAUGUCAGCGGAGUCAUGUCACCGUUUCUUUACAAGACCGAGGAAGGCCCUCGAUAUGUACGCGGCAAUGCUGUGACUCUAGGGCUAGUAGCCUUUGCGGGCAUUGUAUAUGGCAUCAUGUGGGCUUAUUACGGGUGGAAGAAUAAGCGCAGAGACCAGGGUUUUGAAGACCACAAGAUUACUGGUAAGACGGACGAGGAGAUUGAGGAGAUGGGCGAUAUGAGCCCACGGUUUCGAUACGCUAUAUAA